AUGCCAUCGUGGGGGUUUAGAAAUACCGUGCAUGCACAUUACUCCAAUGACACUGUCAAACUAGCCUCAAAAGACUCUGAAAAGUCUCCGGUUUCUCUGGACGAAUUGAUCAAGAACAAUGUUCCCGAGUUUGUGAACGGUGCACGUGCCAACUUCCACCCAUUGCUGUUUAACGGUACCUUGCAGACGAUGUACCUCUCGAAGGCCGACUAUUCCAAGGUAUACCAAGUCAACUACGGCAGGAAGAUCAUUGAGUUCCCAGGCGAAGAUGCCGACUAUCCUCAUCUAACCAGCGGUCAAACUACAGCUGAUUAUGCGAUUUUGCCCCUGGAAUCAAGAGAGGAGUUCAAGGCCAAGUGUGCGGAGACUUUGCCGGAAGGAUAUCCAAGGCUUCAUCCAAGAACUAGGUAUCUCACAGAGGACGAAUCUAAGGCGCUGGAUAAAGACUGGGCCUCUAACGAUCAUGACAUUGUGAUUAUUAACCAUGGAUUGGCUGGAGGAUCGCAUGAGCCUGCUAUCAGGGGCGUGGUGGAGAAGUUGUUUGAUCAUGGAAAAGGCAUGAACGUGGUGGUGCUCAACUCAAGGGGAUGCUGUCGUUCAAAGAUCACCACCCCGGAAUUGUUCAGCGGAUUUUCCACCGACGAUAUCAGAUACUUUGUGGACAAGAUCCACAAGGCUUAUCCUACCAAACUUAUUUACCUAAUGGGUUUUUCGUUUGGUGGCUUGUUGGUAGCCAAUUACCUCGCAGAAGAAGCAGAGAAAUCAGUAGUGACCGCUGCCGUCACUAUUGGUGCUCCUUGGGACUUGUUGGACUCCAUGUACCAUCUGCAACACUCGUGGAGUGGUAGAAAACUGUUUGCACCUGCAAUCACCUAUUUCCUUACUAAUUUGAUCAAGGUGAACUUCGAGGUGUUGAAGCAAAGACCCGAUAUCUUUGGUACCGAGUAUAAGAAUCCAGAUAUCAAGUCCCCUCCUGACUUCGAUGACAGAUACACGGCCAAAUACGCUGGGUUUGUGUCUGCAUCGGAUUACUACCGGAUUGUGGGGCCGGUAAACCGCAUGUCGCAGAUCCAGACUCCUUUGGUUUCAAUUAACAGCUUGGAUGAUCCUACUGUUUCGGUCAAUUUACCAUUUAAAGACGCUGAGAGGAAUCCAUAUCUGUAUCUGAUGGCCACCGAUUUUGGUGGCCAUCUCGCCUAUCUCAAGCCAGAUGGAGACUUGUGGAUCAAAGACCCUGUGUCCAAGCUGUUCAAUGCUUUUGGUCAGCAGGUAGCCAAGAAGCGUCCGAUUACAGAAUAUAAGCCUCCAAAGUCGAGAUACUACUACAAAAUUCAUAAAUAG